AUUUGCUGUUUACGCGAGUAUAACACAUUGGUCAUAGAAAAGUUGACACAAAAAGAUGUGAACAGUGAAUAGUUAGAUUGAACACUAACUGAAAAUAGCUUGUGUUAUCAUGUAAGAAAAACUGACUUUAAAACAAAAUAAUAUUAUACAGAAUAAAGAGAUUUAUUACAUAAUGAUAAAAGGUUAAAUCGCCAGAAAGACAAAAUAAUUCUGAACUUGAACCUAAUUAAGUAAUCUCAUAUAAGAAAAAAUGGACAGAAUAAUAAAGAAGUUGACAAAUCCUCUUCAUAGAUCUUAACUGAGCAUUUUCAGUAAACACCAAAUCGAAUAGGCAAAAGAGUAGUAAAGCAAUUGAAGUUCCGAACAGUGUAGAUAAUAAGCUUCAUGUAUUGGAUAUAUAGAUAACUCUAACUCAAGAUUUUCAUAUGCAUCACAAAAAUCCAAGGAUUACUUUUGAAUUUUAUCCUGUAUUGCCUUACUGAAUUGAAGAACUAUUGUGAAAUAAGGGGCAUUUGAAAUUAUUUUCUAUAACACUUUUCAAACAUAACUGUAAUAUCAAGAUUGACAUUCCAGAAGAUAUUAACUUCUAUAUUUGUUAUCACAACUUAAAAUAUAAAAUAAUUUAACCUAUAUUGUUUUAAAAUCCUCAAAUAAAUAGAAGAACAUUCCUUUCAGUAUAUGCUUACUGAUUAUUAUGCCUACUGACAUCAAAUGCCAAAUUUUACUAAAUGUAUAGUUGUGGACCCUGCAAAGCUCCAGGCCAAGGGCAACUUCUGGGCAGUCGACAUAAGCCUGAUCCCAGCAGAGUCGCUAUGGUGGCAGAACACAGCCCUGUGCAGGUGCCGGCAGAACUGGGGUGCAUGUGGAGCCUUCACCAAGGACCUGGGGCCCUAUUUGCUGCGAGAUGCUCCCAGUCCCCUGCUGCCACCCCGUGAGGGCUUCAGCAUCAAGUCCCUGCUAGGGAACUCUGGGGAGGGGGCACCCUGGUCGCGACUGGUGCCACAGAGCAGCCCUGCUCCUUCAGGCAUGGGGAGCAGUGGGGAGGAGGUGGUGCCCACCCCACCCCUGCCCUCCUCUGAGAGGCCUCUGUGGCCUCUCUGCCCUCUUCCCAGCCCCAUAAGAAUGGAGGGGGAGGCUUCCCAGCAGGGAGCCACUGGGCCCUCGACCCUCUCCACACAGCCUAGGGCCUGGUCUCUCCACUCUACUGCAGGACACCUCAGUUCUUGGGUGGCUGUCCAGUGGGGGACACAGGGCCUCCCCCUGGGGGCAGCUGCCCACCUCCUACUUGCCUAUCUACACUCCCAAUGUGGUAAUGCCCUUGGCACCACCACCCACCUACUGUCCCCAGUGUCUACCGUCAACCAGCCCUGCCUACUAGGGAGUGGCCUCUGAAACCUGAGGGCCCCCAGGACUGCUCUGGGAUCUAGACACCCUCUUCCAGGACGUGCCACCCAAUAAAAGCAUCUAUGACAUUUGGGUCAGCCACGCUUGGGACCUGGUGGCUCCUGCUCCAGGCUGGUUGUUCUCUUGGUGCAGCCUGUGAGGCUCCUAAGGCAGGGGCUCCUCCUCCCUCCACCUCCCAUCCCCAGCUUCUUGAUAGGGAGCCAAGGCCAGGAGGGUGUCUGCAACCACAGCAGCCUCAAAACACCAGGCAGCAGCCUUGCUGAGCAUCCACAGUAUUUACUGGACUACC